UUCAAUUUGCAUAGCAAAAACCAAAACCAACACAACCAGUCAGUAACACAAACGAGACUGACUAAACUCAAGGGUAAGCUAGUCCAAUCCCGACCAAGAAAACCAGACCAGUAGGUAUUUCUAACUAAUGGAGCGAGUUUCCGUAUUUCCCCUAGACAACUACCACUAGUGCCCAUACACUAGGCAACACUACUGAUGUCUGACUCUAUAAAAUGGCACAAAGAGUGAAAGUUGAGACCAACCGAAAUAAUAUCUUCCCUUCAAACAAGAACAAUGGCAAACCAUUUUCAAGCUCCCAUAACCAUUAUCCCUAAACCUAAUCCAACCAAAGGAGAACAAGAAGCUGAAGAAGAGGCAAGCUUGCUAGCGAGGAGGCUCUCGAAUGCAGCUUCCUUGCCCAUGGUUCUCAAAGCCGCCUUGGAACUCGGCGUGAUCGACACCAUGGUCACCGUAGGCGACAGCUUGUGGCUCUCACCUUCUGAGAUUGCACAAAGACUCCCAACCAAACCGAGCAAUCCGGAGGCUCCAGUUUUGCUAGACCGGAUGCUGCGAUUUCUCGCUAGCUAUUCGGUUUUCAAAUGCCGUUCCAUUGUAGCAGAAGAGAACGGUCAAACCGGAAAAGUCGAGAGGGUGUAUGCAGCCGAACCGGUUUGCAAUUUUCUCUUGAACAAUAGAGACGUCUCGGGAUCUUUUGCCUCUCUGUUCAUGCUUGACCUUAGCGACGUCUUUAUCAAGACUUGGACACAUCUCAAAGAUGUGAUACUAGAAGGAAAAGAUGCAUUUAGUUCUGCCCAUGGGAUGAAACUAUUCAAAUACAUCCAAACCGAUGAGGGAUUUGGUAAAGUGUUCAACCGGGCAAUGUUGGAAUCUUCCACCAUGGUUAUGGAGAAGGUUCUUAGGGAUUAUGAAGGAUUCACAGAUGCGAAGACUUUGGUGGAUGUUGGGGGAGGACUUGGUAGCACACUAGGCCUCAUCACUUCCAAGUAUCCUCAUAUUAUUGGUAUCAAUUUCGAUUUAGCUGUGGUAUUAGCCAAUGCUCCUUCUUAUCCCGGUGUUACCCAUGUGGCGGGAGAUAUGUUCACAAAGAUUCCAAAUGCAGAUGCCAUUUUCAUGAAGUGGAUACUACAUGAUUGGACGGACGAACACUGCGUACAAAUUCUCAAAAAUUGUUGGAAAAGUCUUAAAGAAAACGGAAAAGUGAUAAUAGUGGAAAUGGUUACACCAGUAGAAGCAAUGAGCAGAGAUAUAUGCUCUAAUAUUGUGUUUGGUAUGGACAUCACAAUGUUAACACAAUGCUCGUCUGGUAAAGAGAGAUCUCUUUCAGAGUACGAAACUUUAGCACAUGCAUCAGGAUUUUCCCGUUGCGAAAUCGUGUGUCCAGUUUCUCCGUUCUCCGUCAUCGAAAUCUAUAAAUAGAUUUCAAUAGCUUUGAUAUUGGGUUACACUAAGCCCCACGUUUGAUAAAAAAAAAAAAGAAGCAAAACUAUUAUCCUUUAUAUUUGGUAUUGUCAUAUUGUGUAAUGCUUUGUUUUUCCAUUUUACGAUUGCGAGUGUCUUUUUAUGUACGUUUUUAAUAAUUAUAUUCGGUGGGCAAUAGUCCACACGAGAUUGUGUAAUUUGUAAAUUGGGACAUUUAAGUUGAGUCUAAUAAAAUAAUGGUUGGGGUAAUUUUAUUUUAGUUCCGAGAUUUUCAAUAAUCUUCAAUGUAUGAACAAGAAUUUUAUAAAGGUCAAUACUACUAUUUAGUACAUUUUUAA